CGCUCAUUAAUUGUCUCCACCCCCUCUGACGGCACAUACAUGGUAUUUACAGAUGGAACAACACUUCAGAUAAUUGAUAAAUCUCUCCCGAUAUCACAGCUGGUAAUAGCCCAUAGACACCGGCUAUUACUACUGAGAACUGGCUACCCAAAGGACAAUUAUUUUUAUGCCAUUUCCCUAGAAAUUUUUUUCAGCCCGUCAGUAAAAAUAAGAAGCAAGUCCUCACUUAGUUCAUACCAGCUGUCGUACACCAAAGGAUGUCACUUAUUCUGCACAACUCCACUCUACAGUCAGUUCCUUCGUGUCAUGGUUGCUGUCAAGAACAAGGUCUUUAUGUUAGUGUGGAAGUACCCAGCUGUUUCGUGUUUCCCGGCCACACCCACAACUCCUAGUCACCCACUCCAGGGGUUCAUUAAGCACAGAGUAGGACUUUGUUAAAUAUUUAAAAUAAUUUUUUAUUUUAUUUUCUGAUACA